UCGAUUCGGCAACCUCAACUCGGUCUUCGACGCUGGUACUUUGCAUGUGGCACGUGUAAAUCAGUAAAAAUUUUCAAUUUUCCUUCAUCAUGGAUAAUAAACCUGUGAUUCUAGCUCGUGUAAUUAAAGUUUUAGGACGUACAGGUUCCCAAGGACAAUGUACCCAAGUAAAAGUUGAAUUUAUUGGGGAACAAAACCGACAGAUCAUCAGGAACGUGAAGGGUCCAGUUCGGGAAGGAGACAUUCUAACCUUACUGGAAUCAGAAAGAGAAGCAAGGAGAUUGAGAUAACUUUUUAUACGAAAACAAAAUGGAAGACCUUACAUAGCUUUGCCGGAAUUGAUGCCAUACCAGCGGCCUCAGACGAUAUUGUGACCUGUUGCUUGUUGUUUUUCAAUAGUUUUGACAGAAAUAAAGUUAUGUAAGCUCUUCAA